AUGAAGGAGGCCCUGGUUUUGGCCGCGUUUUUGUGGAUUUUUGGAAGAUUGGAAGCGUCGAAUGGUGAUAGGUGAGGUUUUUUGCCAAAAUUUGAAAAAAUCACGUUUUUUGGAGCAUUUUGAGCCCGAAUAAGCCGAAAAUUGAGAAAAAUCGAUAAUUUUUGACUAAUAUGAGCAAUGCUUUGAUUUCGGCUGUAUUUCGCUCAAAAUUUUGAAAAUUCAAAUUUUCCUACAGUACCUUAAAAUUUGGCGGGUAAUUUGAAAAAUUCAAAAUUUUCCAUCUAAUAUGAGCAAUUUUUGACACGUGGCAAAUUUUUCGAAAUUUAUUAACCUGAGCAAUGUUUUUAAGAUUAACAUGAGCAAUUCUUUGAUUUCGGCUAAAUUUCGCUCCAAAUUUUAAAAAUUCAAAUUUUUCGCGCCGAAAUCUACAGUACCUCAAAAAUUGGCGAAAAAUUUGAAAAAUUCAAAAUUUUCUGACUAAUAUGAGCAAUGCUCGUCGAAAUUUUGAAAAUUCAAAUUUUAGCGCGAAAAUCUACAGUACCUUAAAAUUUGGCGGGUAAUUUGAAAAAUUCAAAAUUUUCUAUCUAAAUUCGAAUUUUUCGCGCCAAAAACUAAUAUGAGCAAUGUUUGCAGAAGUCAAAUCUUCAACGAAUGUCUAGCCUACUGUAUCCAAGGCCUGGCCCAAGCCCGGGCCCAAAAAAACCAGGCCGAAAUGUGUCCGGCCUCAAAUUCGGCCUUCGGCUGGACCCAAUUUCCCUGCUUCCCGUGUCGCUACAAUUGUAUGUGGGAAACUGUGGAACUAUUCGAAUCGCAGGCCGGAUUUUGUCCACAAUUCUUCGGAAAAUGGCCCUUUGCGGCCUUUUUCGGCCCAUUUGGCCUAGUUAUUCAGGAACCGGCCUCUGUCAUUUUUUCAUUGGCAAAUUUGCUGGAAGUUUGGCGGAUGUUGAGGAAAUUGAAAAGUCGACAGGGGAUUUUGGUGGAAAAUCGAGAAAUGUGGAUUGGUUAUACGUGGAUUGGCAUUUUGACGUGGUAGGGAAGGUUUUUAGGGGAUUUGGGCCGAAAAUUUGAUGGAAAAGCCUGGUUUUAGGCCCGGAAAGGCCCGGGAUAGAUUUUCGGGCCAAAAUUCGUCCAAAAACAUGAUUUUUAACCCUAGAAAGGUCUAGAAUCGAUUUGUUAGGCCCUGAAAAGCCUGGAAGCUUUUCUUGAGCUCGAAAUUUGGAAAAAUCGCAAAAAUUUGACUAAAAACAUGAUUUUUGGACAGAAAAUCGAGUUUUGGUUCGAAAUUUCACAUUUUUCGCUCUGAAAAUGUUUUUAGACUGAAAUUUUGUGCUGAAAAUCAUGGAAAAUCUGAAAAUUGCUGAAAAUGGUAAUUUCCAUGAUUUUCAGCACAAAAUUUCACACAAGAAACUUUUUUUGAGGAAAAUUUUUGAAAAAAUCAAUUUUUCGACAAAUUUUUUCGAAAUAAUGUUCUAGAUCAGAAUUUUGUGCUGAAAAUCGUGGAAAAUCUGAAAAUUGCUGAAAAUGAGGUUUUCCAUGAUUUUCAGCACAAAAUUUCAGCCUGGAAAUUUUUUUUGUUGAAAAUUUUUGAAAAAAAAUCAACUUUAGGUGAAAUUUUCCCUAAAUAAUGUUGUAGAUCUAAAUUUCGCGCUGAAAAUCAUGAAAUAGCUGAAAAUCGCUGAAAAUGGUGAUUUCCACGAUUUUCAGCACAAAAUUUGGGUCUAGAACAUUAUUUCAUCUCAAAAAUCUGGUUUAUCCAUUUUUUCGGAAUUUGUGGCACAAUUUUCUACAGUACCUUUUGAAGAGUUUCUAGACCCAAAUUUUGUGCUGAAAAUUGCUGAAAACCCCGAUUUCUAUGAUUCAAAAACUCCCAAAUUUAAUUUCAGGUCAUCUUCCACCAUUUUUCAUACCUGGGAUUGUUCGCUGACCGAAAAAAUGGACUAUUUUUCGGCUUUCGCUUUCGUUUUAUCACUUUUUCACAUUUCUUUGAUCUACAUGCUCAAAAUCCAGAAUCCACGUGUCAAAACAUUGCUCAGCUUUGGAUUUGUGGCUUUUUAUUUUCGACACAUCUACAGUAUGAAUGUGAGUUAAAGGGACAUGCGGAAUUUUUGAAUUUCAAAUUUUCGCGCAAAAAAACUUCAAAGGCACAUACAGUACCCCGCAAUGUAUAUUUUUGUAGAUCAAAAUGGAUUACAACUACAAUAUGACCCUGUGCCUCACCAUAUCGGGUCUCACCACUCUCGUCUACCUACUGUACCUCGUAAAUCGACACAGGGUCUCGCAACGACUCUCCCACUCGGAUUUUCGACUUAUUUAUGUAUUACUGUGGGCCGCCGGGGCCGCAAGCCUAGAAAUUCUGGAUUUCGCGCCGAUUUUCUGGAUCUUCGACUCACACUCACUGUUUCAUCUGGCUACCGUACCAAUUCCGAGCUUGUGGUGGCAGUUUUUGGUGGGAAGGGUGGAUUUUGCGGAGAAAGUCAAUUUGGCCUAG